ACAAAUUUGUGCCUCGAUUAUGAUGCCACCACUCUACGCUCUAAUCUAAUACCUCCUUCCUUAUAAAUACAUUAUAAAUAUACAACGCCCCCAUUUGCAUCUCAAGCAACUUCUCUCCUCCGCCAUCUUCAUCCCAACACACACAACAGAUAUUCAUAUUGAGCAUAACUGUGAUAAAAACUUAGGCCCUUUCCUGGAAUGAAUCCAUUGUUUAUCAAAGAAUUUGGGAGAGAGUUUUGCAGUUCUCUUUAAUGGGCUGCUGCUAUUCAUCUUCAAAGAGAACCAGAACGCCAGGUUAUGAGGAAUCCACCGUUCUUGCAUCUCAGACACCUUGUGAGUAUCAUGAUCCAUCAUUGAAUGUUACUGUUAGUGAAGUAGAAGCUUUGCAUGAGCUCUUCAAGAAGUUGAGCAAUUCCAUUAUUGAAGAUAAUCUUAUUCACAGGGAAGAAUUCCAGCUGGCACUAUUCAGGAACAGAAACAAGAAAAAUCUGUUUGCAGAUAGGAUUUUUGACUUGUUUGAUGUCAAGCGCAAUGGGGUCAUUGAGUUCGGCGAAUUUGUUCAAUCAUUGGGUAUUUUUCACCCAAAUGCACCUUUAGAAGACAAAAUUACUUUUGCUUUUAGGUUGUAUGAUCUGAGGCAGACAGGGUUUAUUGAAAGAGAAGAGUUGAAGGAGAUGGUAUUGGCACUUCUGCACGAGUCGGAUCUUGAGCUUUCAGAUGAUAUGAUUGAAAGCAUUGUGGACAAGACUUUUAGUGAUGCUGAUAUAAAUGGUGAUGGAAAGAUAGAUCAAGAAGAGUGGAAAGCAUUUGUAUCCAAACAUCCAUCCUUGAUAAAGAAUAUGACUCUUCCAUAUCUGAAGGAUAUUACGUUGGCAUUUCCAAGUUUUGUUGUAAGAACAGAAAUUGAAGAGUCGGAUAUGUGAAUUUUGAAGGUUUUGGCUUCAUAAAAAAUGCUAUAUAUACUAUAUACUAGUUUAUAGUAUCUUGGAUUUCGUCUCUUGAUAUUGUUGCUGCCAAGAGAUGACCUUAGCUGCGGUGCUAAAGAAAAGAACAUAAUAUGGUUUCCCCUGCGAAGUGUGUAAACCCGGUUUCGCAAAUGCACAGCUACCAAGUGAAAUUCUCUCUAGUUAGGUAGAUAUACCAAAGGGUACGAGUUAUUCACUUGAAUUGUUCGUUCAAAUUCAAGGUUAGCUUGUACAAGCAUUUUGUGUAUAUAAUAUAUAUGCACACAAGAGAUGAAAGUAGGGUAUGGUAACCCAAAUAUGUGUAACUCGGCCAUCAAUGAUCUCUGUGUUGGAUUUAUGAAUCAUAGAUCAAAAUUAAUAAGCAAUAAACUCUUACAAAAUAGAGUAAUUCUCAAUUCUCUUUAGAACAAAAAACGAAGCAUAAUGGAAUGAUUGACCAUUGGGAACAUUUAAUGAAUCAAUCUAGAUUGGUCUCUAAUAUUUCCUCUAUAGAACAACUUAGGUUUCCUCUUAUAUUUUCUUCUAUGAUGGGGAUGAAAGAAACAUGAAUAAUGAGCAUGCUCAUGACCCUUUUAUGUAAUAUUUGUUGGUAACU